UUAUGAUGGAAUAUGUCAAAGAGAAGGUUAAGGAGAAGUCACUGGUUGCAGGUUUGGGAGAAUCUGUUGCAUUCUUGGAUUCUUGUAAUCUAUUAAAAUGUGAUGUACAAAAUAUUUUGGAUAGCGAGGAGGUAUUAAAUUGUAUAGAUGCUAAAUCGAGAAAGAGACAUGCAAAUAGGGUCUGCUUUUGUUUACAUCUUGCGUUGCAGCUACAUUUUGAUCUCUGUUUCAGGCUCCUGUUAGUGGUUAAAAAACAUGACAUUAAGGACAAGAAAAUCGUGGGAACGAUGCCUCAGGCUUUGAUUCUUAUCAAUUUCACAACUAAGCUAAGCAAAUCAACCUCACAACAAAGACAAGUGCACAAUGGAAUGGAUGAUGAAUUAGAGGGUGGAGCAAGCUUCAUGGUUUACUUUUUGUGUAUCUUGUUAUGUUUCUAUUUUUUACUUUUGAAGAAAAAGAUGUGCAAGACUAUAGAAUUUUAUUAUGUAUGCUUUCAAACUCAAGUUAGAACUAAGAACUUGUGAAGUGGACAUUGUCAUGGUUUGAAGUAGUUCG